AUGAAAUAUUUAGAAGAACUUUGUGAACUAAAAAAAAAAAUAUUAGUUUUAAAAAUGAGUAAUAAAAUAUUAAAAAUAAGAUCAGUGACAGAAGAUAAUGCUCUUUUUUCUGUCAAAAACAAGAAAAAAGAUAUCAGUUUUGUUAAUUAUAGCAGUAGUAAAAUGUUUCGCAAAGUAUGCAGAUUUAGUAAAAAGUUUAUAGCUUAUAGUUUAAAGAUUGAAAGUGCUGUAGCUAUGAAAGAAAAAUUGUUGCUAAAACAAAUUCAGGUUAUUGUGAUUGGGUUUUAG